CGCCCAGCCGCCAGUGCCCGCGAGCGCCGCGCCUGCUCGGGGAAUCCACUUCGCCGCUGCUAGACGCUUCUCGCUCACGCUUGCUCUCUCCCAGGCUGCUUCCCAUGGCUUUUGCUCUGCGGCCGGAGCCUCGCCACUAAGCAAGAAACUUUUCCAGCUGUCUCUUCUCCCCACCCCCUUCCAGGAGAGGAUUAAAAGUUCCAAGAACUGGUGCCGCCAGGGCCACUUGGGUACUCGCCGGCGAGUUCCUAGUCUCAGCCAUGUGCACCAACAUAGUUUACGAGUGGCUGAAAGCGUUACAGCUCCCGCAGUACGCCGAGUCCUUCGUGGAUAAUGGCUACGAUGACCUGGAAGUGUGCAAGCAGAUCGGAGACCCGGACCUGGACGCCAUCGGGGUGCUGGCUCCAGCGCACCGCCGGCGCAUCCUGGAGGCUGUGCGCCGGCUGCGGGAACAGGACGCGGCCGCCGCCGGCCUCUACUUCACGCUCGAGCCGCAGCCGGUGCCACCCGCACCGCAGGUGGACGCCGUGCCCCCAGGCCGCCGGGGGGAGCCAUGUGGCGGCUCGGCCCAGGGUACUCGCGGGGACCCCCGUGGCCAGGCGAGCGCUCCCGGCAGCAGGGAGCUGGUGAGCUACCCCAAGCUGAAGCUGAAGAUCAUGAUCCGGGAUAAGCUGGUCCGAGAUGGCAUCCACCUGAGCAAGCCCCCGUACUCGCGCAAGGUCCCAAUGGCUGGCAUCCUAGAGUACUUAAUGAAUUGGCCGAAGUCAUCACAGAACCGCUAGAUAUCAUUUUUGAGAGCCCGUGGAGGACUGAUGAGGUGCUGAAGACUGAAAAGGGAAUAUUUAGAAUCUUCUUUCACAAAGGGAACUGGAUGGUGACUCUGGAAGCACUCAUCAGCUUAAAUGUCUUGCUUGGAAAAUUCUGGAAUAAUCAACUUAGUAAGCUGAACCACUUACUUGUAGCUAGUAAUAAGGUGGCGACAUAGCGCCCAUGAAAAGAUAUUGAACUUGGUUUUAAAAGGAUACUCCAUGUGGGAAGAAGUCUGAUACGUCUCUUGGAAUUUCUCUCCUUUGCUCUUUGAAUUUUUCAUCAUACUAGAUGGGGUUGAUUAAGGCUUGUGGGUAAUUACUAAAUUUGAGUAUACUAUACAAAAGUCGGUUUCUUACAAUAGCUAAUUAAUUAUACCACUUUCAAAUUAGCCUCUAUCUCGAGAACAGUAACUUUCAUCUUAUAUUUUAACAUACAUGUUAUUUUACUUUGCAUAGAGCUCUGUUUUCAUUAAGCUAUGAUGUUUCAUAUAAUUCUAUAUAAAGUAGUUUGGUGAAGGAACUCUUAUUUUAGGUGCUUUAUAUAGUAAUUUCACAUAUGAGUAUAACCACAACACUGACAGAUUAAGGAAGAAAUUAUUUUCUGACUUUUAAUUUUUUUUUUUCGAGACAGGGUUUCUCUGUGUAGCUUUGCGCCUUUCCUGGAACUCGCUCUGUAGCCCAGGCUGGCCUCGAACUCACAAAGAUCCGCCUGCCUCUGCCUCCUGAGUGCUGGGAUUAAAGGCGUGCACCACCACUGCCCGGCUUGACUUAAAAUUUAAUGUGGUAGAGGUGUGGCUGUUAAGAGUAUCAUGUCCUGACAUGAUAUUGAAGACCUGUCAGCUGUUUUAUUCUUCCUUGCCUGGAGACUUCUCCAGCCUCCCCCUUCCCAAGAUGCCUUGUCUCCCUCUCUUUAGUAGGCUUCUGACACCAGUUUGGGGCCAGAGACUGUGGCAACAGGUAAGAGGACUUGUCCAUGAACCUGGACUGGAGGAGGACAGAGGAAAUUGAGUGGGAGUAAGAAAAUUAGGAUGCCUCUAGAGAUUUUUUUUUUUUCUCGUCAUUAUUUCCUUUGGGUGUCGGUAGUUUGAUUUUCUGCUAAGAAAAUCCAACAGUGACAACGGAGCCUGAACUUAAGGGAGAGAAGGCUAUGGGCGGUUUAACAGUGCUGGCAGGCUUCUGGGGCUGGCGAGUUUAGAGAGCCUGCCAGCUGUUCUGUAUUGCAGAAUCGUCCCUUCACUACGCAGAAGGACAUCAAAGAUGCAAGCUUGUGUCACUGUAAUCAUGGACAAGAACAGGAAACUUUUAAAGGCAAGAGACUGACAUUCACCUUGUCUCUGGGAAUAAGUAGGCAAUUAAGAAAGGCUUAGAGUUCCAAAGGCAUUCAUGGCACAAUACUGUUUUUAAAGUAUAAAGUUCAAACACUCAAGCUGCCUUCAGAGGUAAAUUUAGGCACCAUGCAAAGCCUUUCUCGAGAUUAAAUACAAAUGUAAGGAAAUUAGCUUCUUAGAGUAUGUGUGAGUUGUUCCUUCUGUGCUACAUACAAUCAAACACUCAUCACCUUUUCAAAUAAGCUGGUCUUUAAAAUACCUGUUAGACUUUUUUUUAAGAGGUGUGGGUGUCUGCAUAGAUUACUGAUAUGAUUUAUUGUGAUAAUGAAUGGCUUCCUGGUUGAGACCUCAUUUCCAGGUGCCACAUCUGUGACAGAUUUAUUUCACAGAUGUACAUUUGCAUGCAUUUGUUGAGCUGUGGCUAGCAAGGACCCAAUUUCUGAAAAAAAAAAUCUAUUAUUUACCCUAGAGGCAAUAAGAAUUGAAUCCUCUGCAACCAAAAGGGCUCUCAUGUCUUUUCAAGUUUUAUAUUCCAUUUGAAUGAUGUCUGACUUCAAUCAUUUGGCUAAAUUUAAAUCUUGUCUCUAUGCCACUAUUGGAAUUUGAAAUUAACAAUAACCUACCUUAAUUAUGAGUCACAGUUUAAAAUGGUAGACUCACCAGCGGGUCUGAAAGACUUCUUAGGUAAAGAUAGAAGAAUAAAACUCUGUGAAGAGAGUCAGUGAAAAGAAGCUUGCUAGCCCCUGUGCAUUAAGUCAAGAUGAGGUAAGACAGCAUAUCAAGGGAAUUCUGACCUUGAAUUGUAUCUUUCGUGACUAAUCUUUAGGAAGAGUCAAUUUCUCACUGUGUCUUUUCAUUUUAUCUAAACACUGGUGAUUUCCUUAAUAUCUGAAUGUGAAAGAUGAAAAUAAGACAGCAAGACUCAUGUCUUGAUCAUGUUAAUUCAUAGUUCUCCCUUCAGAUAACACAUAAGUGACAGGGUCUUAUUUCAUAACACUGAGAGGUAUAGAGAAUGAUAGCAAAAUUUUUUUCUUCUUAAAGAAAUCAUCGGAGAAUGUAUAAAGAAAUCUUAAUCAUGCAAAAUGUUGCUUUCUCAAGUAUGACAGCACACAUGUGUAAUCCCAGCAGAAUUCCAAGUCCAAGGGUAGCCUGGGCUGUAUAGUGAGAUUCUGUCUCAAUAAACAAAUCAGAACAAAACAAAAUGAAUAGAAGGGACUAUAUGGAUAUAGCCCAGUUAGUCAAGUUUGUGCCAUGCAAGCAUGAGGACCAGUGUUUGAGCCCUAGACUCUACCAGGUAAAGAAGUCAGGUGUGGUGGUAUGCACUUAUAUUGCCAACACUGGGGAGGACGGGACAGCAGACCCCUGGGGCUUGCUGGCUGGUCAUCCUAGCCUACUUGGUGAGUCACAGGCCAAUGAGGACCCUGUUUCAAAACAUACAAUCAAAACAGAAAAGCUAAAAGGAGGUAUACCUGCAGAGGGACACCUGAAGCUGACUUCUGGCCUCCGCAUGACUAUGCAUUAGUGCGCAUGUGCGAGCGCGCACACACACACAUGCACACACACACACACACACACACACACACACACACACACACACACACACACAGAAACACAAUUAGUGAGGGAGGAAAAGGAGGAGGGAGGGAAAGAGAGAUAUUUCUGGACAUAGGGAAAAUAACGAUUUAAAGAAUAAAACCAAAAAUCUCAGAAGAAACGUAAUUUAUAGCUAUUCAAGAUGGUAGUUUCUCAAUCCAGAGGAUCAAGCAGUUUCUUAGAUUAGAGACAUUUGCAUCAUGGUUGGUUAGUUGAACUACAGGAUGACAGCGAGCAUUAAGCUUUUCCCUUGAAAUUACUCAAAUCCUAGUUCAAGUUCUAGAAUGCUCCCAGUGGUGUUUUCCUGUGGUGACCCUCUUAGGUGCACAAGCUCGAGAGGAGCUUGAGGAAUCAUCGCAAAUAAUUCUGAAAUGAAAGCCUCUUUUCUCUCGUCCAUAAAAUGGCAAAAAUAAGUCUCUCCUCCACUUAAGAGGCUUAGGAGUUACAGCUUAUAUCUAUUCUCAGUCUUUGGCUCAGGCACGGCAUCAGCGGGCACUGACUGUCUCUCUCCCUACCCCCUUCCUGAAUUUCAGUUAUUUUCUUCAUUUCUUCUUAUGUGGAAGAGAUUACCUUAAAACCAACCAGAGAAUUCAUGUAUAUAUUGACAUGUCCUGCUGCUGUUCAUUAAAUAUGCCCCCCCCCCUUAAGGGCUUAGGAAAGCUACCUUGUGUUAUCACACUAGGAGUUCAGUGCAUGAUUAGUGACCGAAUGCAGAGAAUUUGGCUUAACAAUAGGCUAGGGAGAUGGCUCAGUCGGUAAGAUGCCGCCCUUUCGUACACAGGGCUGAGUUAGACCCCAGAAUCCUCAUUUUAAAAGGACAAGUACUUUUAAUCCCGUGAUGGGGAGGUGGGGACAGUUGGAUCCCUGGAGCUAGACUGGCCUACUUGAUGAGCUCCAAGUCAGUGAGAGACCCUGUCUUUCUCUCACACAUAAGGUGGAUGGCAUGUAUGGGACAAUAUUUGAGGCUGUCCCCCCCCCCCCCCCCCCCCCCCACACACACGCACGCACACACACUAAAAAGGGAUCAAGUUCAUAAAGGCCAGCACUGUUUUCGCCUGGAGAAACUGUUCCAUGGGCACACAUGUAGAUAUUUUGUUAGCACUCCCGUGUUUAUGACAGCAUCAGGUAUAUGAAUUCGGGGAGUGAGCGUGGCAUAUGUAUGUGUUUGUGGUUUUACGACUGUGUCGCACAGUGAGUUCAAGUGGCUUCCCCUCAACACUGCAGCUGUGGUGAAUCCAGCCAAAGAAUGACGCAUAUGAUGAGGAACCAACCAGCCCUUCUGUAAGCUUUCAAGAGAAGCCAGUCGUACCAGUGAGCAGAGAGAGAACCGGCACCAGCGUGUCUGAAUAGUUUAUCAUUUAGAGCCUGAGUAUUGUAAGCAGUUCCCUUGAGUAAGUGGGGUUGACGAACAACCAAAAGAGAAGUUAGUGAAGUUAAAAUGUGGGAGGGAAUGCUACACUCAUAUCUAAUAUGAGUGAUAUCUAAGUAGUUAUGAAAAUAGCUUGUCCAGGUAGAUGAACUAUUCCACACUUUCCAGGAUGCAAGGGAAUGACAGGAGAGUACUGGAGUCAGGGACAUAAAAAUGAAGACCCAACCUCCAAUCGCCAAGUCUUAGUCCCAACCAAGUCGCAAGACUUGGAAAAUUUUUGCAUGAGAUAAGCUGGUAAUGUAGAAGAAACCCAUAGGGGUGUGUACAUGGAUGAUUUACUAAGUAACAUCAGGCUGCUAAGAGCAGAGCAAGUUAGGCUUUGGUUUCUAGAACUUUCUGAUUUUACACUUUUAAUGGGUCUUAUCCUUAAUUAUAUAUUCCUGUAUCAGAUAAGCUACAGUAUUAGAUUCUUGAUUUUAAAAUCUGCUGCAGUUUCACAUUCUUAAUAUCUAAUGACAUAAAAUCCAGUAACUCCCUUGCACAAACACUAAUCAUUAGUUUAGAUAUUUCUAUUAAAUGUGAAGGGAGAAAAGAGUCAGGUAGCUUAGGAAAAUGAUUGAACUUACCUUUCUCUUUCUACUCAUCAAAAUAGGUAUUUUCUCUUUCAAAUUGUCUAAGUUCUGGAAAUAAAAUUUUAUAUUUUAUGGCUACUGUUCAAGAUACCUUUUAGGAAAAUAGAUGGUUAAAUUCUACAGUAAGAGCUGUGUGACUUUUUUUCCCUAUUUCUUUAGUUUUACUUUUUAUUUUUUUACAGUUUUCUUCAAAUUUCUUCCACUGGGCCAAAAUCCAAUUAGUUAAAUUUUGAACAUUCAAAUUGGACAUUUUUAUAGAUAUAUUGUGUAUAAUGUGUUUCAUUAGAAGAAUUUUUUCUUACUCCAAAAAUGAAAUACUCUCAAAAACAAGGUGGCAUGUUGAAUGAGACAGAUAUUAGACAGUCUACCAUUCAUUUGCAGCUGCUGCCCUGUUGGCUGGGUAUGUUAUGAGAUACAAGUUGGGUUAUUAAAGGCAUUCACUCAAAAAUUGUCUCCCUGUAGAGGUUUGUAUAUGGGGCUGAGAAGUCAACAUGGAUCUUUCCUAGUGGUCAAGCACAGAUUUUCUGAUUGAAACCACCAUUUGGAUUUGUCAACAUAAUGACAAAAUAAUGUUUUCCCCCUUUCAGGGUUUUUUUUUUUUUUUUUUCUUAUGGAGGGACUAUAUGUGACGAGUCUGUGAAAAGCCAAAUUGGGACAUUGUUGUGAGCCAUGUCAUGUACACAGCAUUGUGAUUUGCAAACAUAUGUUUUCCCUUCAAUAAAUGUCACGGCUUUCACAGCGGUUCCACCUUGUUCUCUCUUGUAAUCUUUUACAUUCUGAUGAAGGCAACAGUAUGAGCAUUGUUUAAACUGGUAAUCUAUGCAUGUUCAUGUCAUGGUAGAUAAAUGGUCAGCCUGGAUAAUCUGAGUUCCAACUGCAAAGAACAUCUCCGACACUGCAUGUAAAGCUACGUGUAAGUCCAUCAUACACACUGGAGUGGAUGUGUGUGAAGGUUAUACAUGAACCAAGUGACCUUCCCUUGUGUGAGUCUGCCCAGUGGCAGUGACUUAUGCAGCAGGAGUGGUGGGGUGUGUUGGUGGGAAGGGUUCUUGUAGCAGUUCCUCUACAUGUGUGUCUGCUGUGGCUCCCACAGCACUGUAUCCACUUGAGAAUUGUUGUAAUUCGUCUGCAGAAAAGCCAUGUCUUAGAGAUCAUCAGACCAAGUCUUGAACUCAAACCCAAAUAUAAUUGAUUUGGAAUUUGAGGACCCCAGAAAAGUCGAAGAAUCAUUUUAUUUGCUUAUCAUAGUCCUAAAAUAUUAGUUUGAAGUUUGGUGAUGAUGCUUUGUGCUGUAUGAUAAUUUCUAGUGAUUGUUUUUGUUCACAUUGAAUAUGAGAUGGAAGUAAAUUUAAAGUGAAGAUGUAGUUGUUUUUUUUUCUCACAUGACCUCUACUCUUGUUUUUUUUUCCAGUAUAUAUACUUAAAGAGUGCUAUGACAUCUUAAAAGAAAAAAAAAAAGACUUCGCUUUCUAGAGUGCACAGAGUUUGAACUUAGUCGGUUCAUGAUUUAGCCUUGGCACUCAUCCAUGUAGUCCCAGGGGCCUCCAAGGACCAGGACCAGGCUAUGAAACCCAAUAUUUCACCUCCACAUCUUCCUUGAGCUCAUAAGCAUUUUUAGAAAAAUUCAUGGUCUUGAGAGAUAGCAUUGAAACACUUUCUUUCUUUUUUUUUUUUUUUUAAAUUUAAGCUAGGGAGGUAAUAUGCAGGCAGCAGAGCUCACCAAUAUGCAUUUUUAGAGGAUAGAUAGUUUAUGUCAUUAGUAAAAAUCAGCUCCCAUCAGGCAGCUUCUAAAACGUCUUUCAUCUGAAUCUGGAUAAUGAGUGGCCCUAGUUCCAUUCCAGGCCAUCUGGUACCCCGCUGAGAAUUUUUGUUAAUUUAAAAGAGAAUUCUUAAACAAUUUUGAAUGAAGAAGUUACUCCUUGCUCCCUCCUGGACUCAUCCCCUGAGGACAGAGUAGAUUCCUGUAAUUAUGGAUGCUUUUUUUUUUUUUUUUUUUUUUGGCUAGCAUCUUCUACUUCAAAAUACAUUCUUGCACCACAAACAGCAUGGCUGUGGGAUCUCAUCUGUAUCUUGGUUGAGUAAUGAGUACUGGUUGUGAGCUCUGUGUACUCAGGAUGCAUGCCUUCACAUCCCUAUCAGCUCAAUCAAUUUAACUUCAACUCCCUUCUGGAAGUUCUUCAAUCUACCCAGCAGCAUUCACAAAAAUAGCCGCUUGGAAUGAAGAAUAAACAUUUAAUUUUGUCCUAAGUCUUUGUAAAUCAGAAACCCGAAUCCAGCCUUGGCUUUCUUGGUGAGUAGAGCUGUCUAAGUCGCUUCCUCUUACACCUUCCAUCUCCCAUCUGUAAAAGCAUUCAGGGAACAGAACUGCCAAACACACUCUGGGCAAGGCUGGAGAAACAGAUGGUCUGUGCGUAACAGCGCAUCUAGGGAGGAAACCACCAAGUGAUGUUGCCUGAGGUCUUUGAUGACCUCCCCCAGGCCAGGAGCAUCUUUGUUUUGCUCCCCCUAAGCCUGAUCCCACUUGGUACUUCCUCAAUUCCUGGCAUAUUGUUCAGCACCCUGUAGGCGCUUGGUAAUGUUGCUGAGUGAAUGAAUGAAGGAUUGAAUGAACGCUUAUGCUGAACUAAACUUCAAGAUCUGGAAGUUGGUUCUAUUAGGGUGCUUCCUGUUCUCAAGGAAUGUGCAGAAUGGCUUCUGUCUUCCUAGGACAGCAUGCCCUUGACCUCCAGAUAUGGACAACCACAUUUCCCAUUGUUAGGCAUCUACCUUUCAUGUUUUCCUUGUUAUGCAGAUCUUCUAGAUUUCCUGUUUUCUUUUGUAUAAAAUCAAAUAAAAUUUUAUGUACUCUAUGUAUUAAAUGAUUGAUGAAGUCACACCAAAUAAUAAAAUGACACUAUUGGAAUCAA